AGUUCUUCGAGUCAGUUCAGUUACCAGGGGUGGGUCUGAACGUUAUAUAAACGGCAACAACGCGAUUUUGAGUUUUCUAGACCACAAAGCCUGUUCCUAAAAGCGACAUUAAAGCCAUUUAUACCAGCAGACGUCAGGUGUUUAGUGAUUUCUGUUCAGGAAACACCUCAAAGAGCCGCAUUAAAUCAAAGAUGACUGCCGAAGAGGUGGUGAAUGAAGGCAAUAGCAUCCCCAUCGAGGGUGAAGACAUCACCCCGAAGAAAGAUGGAGGUGUUUUAAAGCUGGUCAAGAAAGAGGGUACGGGCACUGAGUUGCCCAUGACAGGUGAUAAAGUAUUUGUGCACUAUGUCGGAACGCUGCUUGAUGGAACACCGUUCGAUUCCAGCCGAGAUCGAGGAGAGAAGUUCUCUUUUGAGCUGGGAAAAGGUCAGGUGAUCAAGGCAUGGGACAUCGGUGUGGCAACGAUGAAGAUUGGGGAGAUCUCUCAGUUGGUUUGCAAACCCGAGUAUGCCUAUGGGGCUGCUGGCAGCCCACCCAAAAUCCCACCUAAUGCAACCCUUGUGUUCCAGGUGGAGUUGUUUGAGUUUCGAGGGGAGGACAUCACUGAUGGUGAAGAUGGUGGAAUUAUUCGCAGGAUCAUCACUAAGGGCGAGGGUUACACAAAACCGAAUGAGGGCGCAUCUGUAGAAGUAUUUUUAGAGGGGCGUCAUGACGAUCAAGUCUUCGACGAGCGUGAGCUGAAGUUUGAGGUGGGAGAUGGAGAGAAUUUGGGUCUGCCACCAGGUGUGGAGAAAGCCCUGCAGGCUAUGGAGCAGGGAGAGGAGGCGCUCUUCACCAUCAAACCAAAGUAUGGCUAUGGAGCGGCUGGCAGUGACAAAUUCAACAUCCCUCCCGGUGCAACACUGCAGUACAAAAUCAAACUGAAAGCAUUUGAGAAGGCCAAAGAAUCCUGGGAGAUGAACUCCAUUGAGAAACUGGAACAGAGCACAAUCAUCAAAGAGAAAGGAACACAGUAUUUCAAGGAGGGGAAAUACAAGCAGGCAGCCGUGCAGUAUAAACGCAUUGUGUCGUGGUUGGAGAGCGAGUCCAGUCUGCAGGGGGAGGAGGAAGAGAAAGCCAAAGCGCUGCGAUUGGCUGCUCAUCUCAACUUGGCUAUGUGCUACUUAAAAAUGCAUGAACCAAACCUCACCCUCGAGAACUGUGACAAGGCACUGGAGCUGGACACAAAUAAUGAGAAGGCGUUGUUCAGGCGAGGGGAGGCACUGGUUGUCAUGAAGGAGUUUGACCGGGCGAGAGCAGAUUUCCAGCAAGUCACUCAGUUGUAUCCAGCCAAUAAGGCAGCAAAGAGUCAGAUUGUGGUCUGCCAGAAACAUCUCAAAGAGCAACAUGAGAAGGACAAACGCCUGUAUGCAAACAUGUUCCAAAAGUUUGCAGAUAGGGACGCCAAAAAGGAGGUGGAGCAUGAUAAGAAACCGAACGGUACCAUGAUGGAAAUGGGUGAAAACGGAGCCCAGGAACAAACUGCAGCAUAAUAGCGUGCUUGUGUGUGCGUGUUUGUAUUAUUUACUGUCUUUUGUGUUCUUGUUUUUUUUUUUGUUUUAAAGAGGCUUUUGUACUUUCUAUGAUUUUUUUGACCCUCUGAAAUGACUGUUUGUUCGACUGGAUGCGUACUUGUUUCAGUUUCUAAUCUGAUGUACAGUAGCAAGUCAUUUGAUUUUGUCCUGUGGCCAGACCCUUACGGCCAGGGUGUGCACUCGCAUGUGAUUGCACACAUGUAUGGAUUUUUACCUGUGCGUUAUUGUAAGGCAGCUAUUCGGCCUGGCCGUGUUCUCUGCUGCGUGUCUAUCUUUAUGCUUAGGGAAAUAAAGUGGAAAUAAAACUGACUCAUUCUCAGCAAAUAGCCUGUACGUUAACCUUUCACAACCGAUUCAGAUCCUUUGAACGCAAGAGUCGCACUGCUGUACAACAAAGCGCUUUUCUGUCCUGUCACUCGGCAACACCUGCAUGGAAAUGAUCGCCAGGGCUAAAAAGACACGAUUCAUUGUUUUAAACAUCUUUUCACUGUUAAACUCCAUUUAAUCACAACUGGAAGCCUUGGUGGUGAAACUCAAGCUUUUUAAGAGAAGAUAUCACCACAUCAUCCCUGUGAAGAUCAGUCAAGCCUCUUGCUUCACUCGUUUACCUGUGCAUAACCAUUUCAGUGAUACUGUUUGAUCGUCCUUAAUAAGGAGCUGAGAUUCGUGGCAAUACUACAAAUUCAGCCCCUUAUUGAGGAUGUUUUCCCUUGUCUCCUUCCAUCUUCUUGUGGACAGGACUUCCCAUGAUUGUAUAAAAUCGAACUUGUACACUGUAAUAUAAUGGCUGUAAUGGAAAGUAUUUGGUGAAUUAUAUCAUUGUAAAAGAGGCCCUGUAUUACAGAGGCCUACGAAGGCAAGAUUACUAGUGUAAUAGUGUGGUUUGUGUGGGCGGCAGAGUCGUUCACUAGUUCUCUUCUCAUGUCCUUGAUACUUAACUGAUGUUGACUAGAACAAUAAAGCAAACUAUGAACCCUCCUGGAUGUUUUGGUCUCACGUCUGGUGUGGUGUCUACAUUGUAAUGGAUUAUUAUAUUUGGGAAAUACAGCAAUUACAAGCCAGUGGAAAUAAACA